AUGGCUAUCGAACCGGCGCCUCAACCAGUUAGUGAAGGCGUUCGAGUAGCAAUUGACCGAGGAGGAACUUUUUGUGAUGUAUGGGCUUUCAUCCCUAAUCACCUUUACAGCCCACCUAUACCACUUGAACUUCUCGGAAACGCAGACAUCAUACCUGGAGAUGAACAGGAUGGAGGGGUCCAAGUGACUUUCAAGCUUUUAAGUGUCGAUCCGGCAAAUUACGACGAUGCGCCUAGUGAAGGUAUCAGGAGGUUAUUGCAGAUUGUGAAGAAGGAGAAGGUACCAAGAGGGGAAUUGUAUGAUACUUCUCUGAUAGAGUCGGUGCGAAUGGGUACCACUGUCGCGACAAACGCUUUAUUGGAGAAGAAAGGAGAGCCUUUCGGCUUGAUACUUACCGAGGGAUUCAAGGACAUGAUUGAGAUAGGCGAUCAGACUCGACCGGAUCUCUUCGACUUAUCGAUCUCCGGAAAAGUGAAGAUGCUGUAUAAGCCUGAAGACGUCGUUCAGGCGAGAGAAAGGGUGACCCUAGAAGGUUGGUCAUUAGACCAGAAUGCUCCUGCCGCGGAAGAGUUAAUUGAGAGAGCUAAGCAAGCGGGAGACGUAGAUGUGGUCAUGGGGGUCAGUGGGGAAGCUGUAAGGAUAUUGAAACCCUUAGAUGUCGAACAAAUAACGUCUGAUCUUCAAAACCUGUAUGAUCGAGGUCUCAGAGCCUUGGCGAUCUGUCUCUUACAUUCCUACACGUAUCCUCAUCAUGAGAGACAGAUUGGUGAAAUUGCCGAUAAGAUCGGUUUCACCCAGAUAUCACUCUCAUCCGACCUCUCUCCUGCUAUCAAAGUGCUUCCUAGAGGAAACUCGGCGGUCAUCGAUGCCUAUUUAUCUCCUGUACUGAGAGCAUACGUUGAUGGCUUCAAUAGUCAUUUUGAGGGGAAGAAGGCAGGUAAAAGAAGUGAAUUCAUGAAAUCGGAUGGUGGAUUGGUCUCUUCUGAUAAGUUCUCAGGACUUAGAGCGGUAUUAUCAGGACCAGCAGGUGGAUUUGUCGGAUCAGCACUGACAGCCUAUAGUCAAACACGCGCUAGACCAGUAGUAGGGUUCGAUAUGGGUGGAACCUCGACGGAUGUUUCGAGGUUCUCAGGAGAAUUUGAGUUGACUUUCGAAAGUGUCGUUGCUGGGGUGCCCAUUGCGUGUCCGCAACUGUCGAUCGAGACAGUUGCUGCCGGUGGUGGAUCAAAGUUGACCUAUAAGAACGGGAUGUUUGUGGUUGGUCCUGAAAGUGUCGGUGCUCAUCCCGGCCCGGCUUGUUACAGAAAAGGCGGAGAUUUAGCCAUUACCGAUGCUAAUUUGAUUCUUGGACGACUCAUUCCAUCCCAAUUCCCUCGGAUAUUUGGUCCAAAUGCAGACGAACCAUUGGAUUUGCAAGCCUCACGAACUAAAUUCGAAGCGCUCACAAUGGAAAUCAACGCUUCUAGAUCUGGUAAGACCCCCUAUACUGUUGAACAAGUAGCUGCUGGAUUCAUCAAGGUAGCGAAUGAGGGGAUGAGUAGACCAAUGAGGCAGAUUACGGAGCAGAGAGGUUUCGCCAUGUCUUCCCAUGAUCUAUGUUGUUUCGGAGGUGCUGGAGGUCAACAUGCUUGUGCUAUCGCAGCGGGUUUGGGCAUCGAAACGGUUGUGGUACCCCGAUUCUCGUCCAUUCUCUCAGCUUACGGUAUUGCCUGCGCCUCUUUAUCUGCCGAAGCUGCUUCACCACUAUCAGCGGAAGUGGUCGAGGAUUUCGAACAGUCUAAGACAUAUUCGGAGGCUUCCAGGAGGAUUGAGUCUCUGAAAUCAGACGUACUUAGACAAUUGCAGGAACAAGGGGCUAAGCAAGACGAAGUCGAUUUCACAGUCGCCAUCGCUGUACAAUACGAUGGCGCGGACACCAUAUUGCAGAUACCAUUCACCCCAUCUCUAAAGAAUGACUUCAUCGAGGCUCAUCUCAGAGAAACCUCUUUCUCCUCGAACAGAAAGGUAUUGAUGUCAAACAUACGUGUCCGAGGUAUCGGAAAAACCUUCAAUGUAACACCAACGGAUUAUGCUGUCGCUUUGCAGCAAGUAGUUUCGCUAUCAGAGACAUCGUCAAAAGUAGUCAAACCCUCUACCUUCAAUCAAGCUUACUUCGAUACCUCUUCAGGCGUACAAGGAUUCCAAACUCCAGUGUACAUUCUGAGUCAAGUACCCGUCAACAGCCAGAUCAGUGGGCCUGCCAUCAUCGUCGACUCCACGCAAACUAUCGUGGUUGAGCCCUCCGCCCGAGCAGUUGUACUGAAAGAACACGUCAUAAUUCAACUGGAAGACUCGACAUCGACUUCGAGGAAGGAGGAAGGGGAACUGUCAACCGACCCAAUUAUGUUGGCUGUUUUCGCCAAUCGAUUCAUGUCCAUAGCUGAACAGAUGGGCCAUACACUACAACGAACCUCUGUCUCAGUAUCUAUCAAAGAAAGAUUGGAUUUCUCCUGUUCCAUCCAUGGUACCGACGGUGCUCUGGUCGCCAACGCACCUCACAUACCAGUUCAUCUCGGUAGUAUGCAGUACGCCGUUCAAGCACAGCAUAAUCACUGGCUGGGUAAAUUGAAACCUGGUGAUGUCCUGUUAACCAAUCAUCCUCAGUGGGGAGGUACUCAUCUACCAGAUCUAACCACUGUCACUCCGGUCUUUGAGCCUGGAAGUGAUACCAAGGUACUGUUCUACGUGGCUAGCAGAGGACACCAUAGUGAUAUUGGUGGCACAGGUGUGACGUCGAUGAACCCGAUCGCCAAAGAGCUAUGGGAAGAAGGUGUGAUCAUUGAUACUUUCAAGCUCGUCUCGCAAGGCACAUUCAACGAAGAAGGCGUCAGAGAUUUAUUCGGAAAAGUUGCCGAAAGGCCAGGAUGUAGUGCUACUCGACGGAUCGAUCAUAACAUCACGGAUUUGCAAGCCGCUAUUUCCGCGAACGUAAGAGGUAUAAAACUGGUCAACAAGCUAUUCGAGGAAUUUGGCACGAAGACUGUCUUAUUCUACAUGAAGGAGAUCCAAAUCAUCGCUAGAGAGACUAUCAAGGAUUUCUUGAGGAACACCUUUGAUAAAUUUGAGGGUAAACCGCUCAGGGCUAGCGAUUAUAUGGACGAUGGUACAGAGAUCAAGCUGGAAGUAAGAAUCAACAGAGAGGAAGGUACCGCCGAAUUCGACUGGAACGGCACAGGACCACAAGUCUUGGGCAAUUGCAAUAUGCCUGUCGCCUUGACAUACGCAGCUAUCAUCUACUGCUUGCGAUCCAUGAUAUCUCCCGAGAUCCCUAUGCCAUUGAACCAAGGUGUCCUAGACCCUAUCACCAACAUCGUCCCAAUCGGAUCCUAUAUCAACCCAACUGGUGUGGUCGCGAUCUCCGGAUCAACUCUCGCUUCUCAGCGAUUAGUUGACAUUAUCUUGCAAGCCUUCAAGGCUGCAGCAUGCUCUCAGGGGUGUGCAUCUUCCACUGGAUUCGGGUCUGGAGGAAAAGAUGCAUCUGGCAAAGUGACACCUGGAUUCUCGUAUGGUGAAUCGCUCGGUGGUGGAAGUGGUGCAGGACCGUCAUGGAAUGGCGCAAACUGUGUACAUGUUCACUGCACGAACACUAGGUUGACCGACACGGAGAUCUUCGAACAGCGAUGUCCUAUGUUAUUGGUCGAGUCUGCCAUUCGUCGUGACUCGGGCGGUAACGGCAAGUACAGGGGCGGUGACGGAAUGUCGAAACUCUUCGAAGCUAGGAUGCCAUUGAACUUUUCAAUCGUCUCUCAGAGGAGAGUAUUCCAUCCGAGAGGUAUGGAGGGAGGUGCAGAUGGUCAGAGAGGUAAAAAUACCGUGUACAGACUGAAUAAACGUUUAGAUAUAGAUGAGAACCCUCAGGGAUAUACGGAAAUAGGAGUGGGCAGCAAUGGUAUCGCCAAGCUGAACAGCGGGGAUAGAGUUAGGAUCGAAACUCCCGGGGGAGGUGGCUGGGGCUCACUGGAAGGACAAUAG